CUUAUCUACAGCAUCAUCGACGACACAAAAUAGAAGGGGAGAAGGAAAAAAGCAAUUUGUAUACGAUACUGGCGAAGAAGAAUAGAAGGAACUGAAUAGGACAUCACCAUUCGAACUGAAUAUAUCGACCAUUCGUUCAUCAACACACACAACAACAAACACCAUGAUCCGCAGGAAGCGGACGGCCCUUGGGGCCUUCUUCGCCGGGCUCUUCAUGGCACAGGGAGUCAUGGGCGACGACAUUCUCAAGACGGUCGGCUUCAACGUAUGCGAGCAGGACGCCCAGGUUUCGGUACAAAGGGCCGAUGUCACCUACAACAACGCCGACAGGACGGUUGUUUUCAACGUGGCGGGAACGAGCAACCAAGUACAGAAUGUCACCGCUCAUCUUUCAGUGACGGCUUACGGGAUGAACAUCUACGACAACACGUUCAACCCUUGCGAUGAGGGUACUUUUGUGAAGCAGCUUUGCCCUGUCCCCGCUGGUUCCUUUUCCGCUAAAGGAUCCCAGGUACUUACUUCAGAGGUAGCCAGCAUGAUACCGCCGAUAGCGUUCCAGAUCCCCGAUAUCGCCGCCAUGGCCAAGUUCGAGCUGCUAUCCAAGGAGUCUGGACAAAACGUCGCAUGCAUCCAGUCUGAAGUAACGAACGGCAAAACCGCCGCUGUCCCCGCCGUCUCAUAUAUCGCCGCCGGUGUGGCCGGUGCCGCCCUCAUCUUGACCGGUAUCUCGGCCGCUGGAGCUGCCGUUGCCGGAAGUAGCGCCGCCGCAGGCUCAGCAGGAGGAGCUGCGAGCAGUGCCGGCGUGGGCACCAUCAGCCCUAGCUUCACCGAAGUCUUUGGUCAUUUCCAGGGCAUGGCCAUGAACGGCAUGCUGUCCGUCAGCUACCCUCCCGUCUACCGUAACUUCGCCAAGAACUUUGGCUUCUCUACGGGCAUCAUCCCGUGGGCGGCCAUGCAGACCUCCAUCGACGACUUCCGCAGCAAGACGGGCGGAAACCUCACUCACAACAGCUUCACAUUCCUCCGGGAGAAUGCCACGCUCGUCUUUCCCGACAACACCACCACCACGCUUCACGAGAACACGGCUUCUUCCGCGCCCGUCAAGCGCGCCUUCACCGAGUUCAUCCGCCUCGCCGCUCGCGAGAUCGAGACCAGUGUUAACCUCACGGAUUCCAGCGCAGCCAACACCACCGAGUCCGGAAAUGGAACCACCACCGCCUCCGACAACACAGACAGUUUCCGCGUCGCCGUCAAGGGCAUCCAAAGCUACGUCCAGCAACUCGCCAUCCCGUCCGCCAACAUGUUCAUGACGAUCUUGCUCAUCGUCGCCAUCAUCAUCGCCGCCAUCGUCGUCGGCAUCCUGCUGGUGAAGGUUGUCCUCGAGAUCUGGGCCCUCUUCGGCUCUUUCCCCGCCAAGCUCUCCGGUUUCCGCAGGAACUACUGGAUCUCCAUCACACGCACCAUCACCUCACUCAUCAUGCUUCUGUACGGCGUCUGGGUCUUGUAUUGCGUCUUCCAGUUCACGCAGGGCGAUUCCUGGGCGGCCAAGCUCCUUGCUGGCCUUACCCUCGCGCUCUUCAGCGGUGUUUUGGCCUUCUUCAGCUACAAGAUCUGGAGUACCGCGCGGGAGCUCAAGAAGCGCGAAGGCGAUGUGGCAGGGCUCUACAAUGACAAGAACAUCUGGGUCCGGUACUCGCUUUUCUACGAGAGUUACAGGAAGGAUUACUGGUGGAUUUUCGUGCCGACUAUUGUCUACAUGUUCAGCAAGUCGGUCGUUCUCGCGGGGGCGGACGGGUCAGGUAUGGUGCAGACGAUUGCUCAGCUCACUAUCGAGGGGCUGAUGCUUUGUUUGUUGAUCUGGAGCCGGCCGUACGAGAGGAAGAGCGGAAACGUGAUCAAUAUCAUGAUUCAGACGGUCCGGGUCCUGUCGGUGGUGUGUAUCCUGGUGUUUGUCGAGGAGUUUGGCAUUGCGCAGACGACGCAGACGGUUACGGGCGUCGUGCUCAUUGCGAUACAGAGCACGCUGACGGGCAUUCUGGCGAUUUUGAUUGUCUGGAAUGCGAUCAAUGCUCUUUGCAAGGCGAACCCGCAUCGGCAGAAGAGAAAGGAGAUGGAAAAGUUGCAACAGCGCGACACCCUCACUCCCCUCGACGCCCGCAACUCCCUCCUCCUCGGCCGUGCCAAGACCGCCGACUCAACUUCUACCUUCUCGACCCUCGACAAGCCCUACGCGAACCACGACGAAGAAAAAGCCAUCCUCGCCUCCCGCGACUCGGCCGCUCCUCCCCUUCCCGACCUCGGCCUCAUCCCCGGCCCCAACCAACGCACUUCCACCGCCACCACCACCGCUGGCCCUGGGCCUGACGUCGGUAACAAGGCUGGUUCCAAGCUCGGCAGAAUCCAAUCCGGCUACACCAUGUCCGUCUACUCCGACCACUCCCGCUCCACCACCCCAUUCCAAUACGACGGUGCCGCCGCGCCACCGAUGCCGCAGCAGCCGCAACAGGUCCAACAGCAGUCAUCACUAGGCAGGAUGGGAAGCCGUGAGCAACUCACUGCCAGUCCCGCGCCCAUGGGGAUUUCGAAUCCGCCCAUGAACCCAAUGACUCGCCAGCCAACCAUGCCCAACGUCGGAGCAGCUGGUACUGGAUAUCGCGGAAUGCCUGCCACAGGUCAGGCACAGGGUCAAGGUCCGAGGCCCGCACGAUCUGGGUCCGCACCGGGCUCGGCUCCGGGACAACAAGGAGGUGGAUACCAGAUGCGGUUCCAGCCGCAACGGCCGCCGAGGUAUGGAGCUGGUAGUCAGAGUGCUGGGAGCGCGGUGGGCGGUUAUGGACAGCAGCGGCAGAGGCAGAUGAGCCAGAGUAGUCAGGGGCAGGGGGGUUACUAUGGCCAGCAACAGCAGCAGCAGCAGCAGCGACAGGGAAGCCAGAGUAGCCAGGGGGGUUAUUAUGGCCAGCAACAGCAGCAGCAGGGUGGAGGACCGGUUUAUAGGCCGCAGUAUUAAUGCAGCAGCCACGGAACCUAGAAUGAUGGUUAAGGUAGAAGCGGAGGAGAUAAAGGCAGGAGAAGAAAAGAGUGUGUAGGAUAAGAAAGAAACAGAGGGAAGAUUGAAGAUUUAAUGAUGAUGGAAAGCGACUACAUACCUACCUACCUAGGAAACAAACUUCUGUUUUUGUAUUUUUUU